ACUCCUGCUCUCUCAUAUUCCAACCCAUUUGCAAGAUUUCUUUGCAUUGUUUAAUUUAAUAUAUUUGAAUUUUCUUCAUUCCGGAAAUGGUAUGGCCAUGUACUACUAUAAAGCUUAACCAAGUAAGAAACUGGACAAUAGAACUCAACACAUCGCAGAGAUUCAGAGAACAACUUGUGAAGUCAUUAUUUCUUGAAUCUUGUCAUCAAAGAUGACCAGCAACAGCAGUUCAGCCACUACAUCAGCCAAAAGACUAGAAGGUAAAGUAGCAGUCAUCACUGGAGGUGCAAGUGGAAUUGGUGCUACCACGGCUAAGUUUUUCAUCAAAAAUGGUGCCAAGGUUGUAAUUCUUGAUGUUCAAGACGAUCUUGGCCAUUCACUCUGCAACGAAAUCGGCCCAGACCACAUAUCGUACGUCCAUUGCGAUGUUACCAACGAAAUCCAAGUCGAGAAGGCAAUAGAUUUUGCAGUCUCAAAAUAUGGUAAGCUCGACAUCAUGUACAACAAUGCAGGCAUAACGGGAAGCGUCGAUCCAAGAAUUACAACCACAGACUACGAAAACUUGAAAAAAGUAUUCGAUAUCAACGUGUUUGGCGCCUUCCUCGGCGCUAAACAUGCAGCCCGCGUGAUGAUCCCGGCCAAAACGGGCUGCAUUCUCUUCACCGCGAGUGUGACAGCCGUUGUAGCAGGGAUGUCACCGCACACUUACGCUUCAUCUAAGCACGCUGUAAUUGGACUAGCCAACAAUUUGUGCGCCGAAUUGGGGCAAUAUGGGAUAAGAGUAAAUUGCAUUACACCAUCUGUGGUAGCUACUCCAAUGGUGUCUAAAUUUGCUGGGGGGAUUGAUCAGAGUAAGGUGGAUGAGGCAGUUAUGAAAUCGGCUAAUCUGAAGGAAGCAAAGUUAGAGGUUGAGGAUGUUGCAGCAGCUGCAGUUUAUUUGGCAAGUGAUGAGUCUAAGUAUGUGAGUGGAUUGAACCUAAUGAUUGAUGGAGGAUAUAGUAAAACUAAUCCACUUUUUGCCAUGUGUAUAAGAGAGGUUCUCAGUGGCUUUUGAGCAGAAUUAUUUUGGAACUAGCUCUUAAUUUUCUCUAAUAAUCUAUGAGGGUUUUUAUUCCUA